CGCCCAUGUCACGUGACACGGGUUCCAUUCACACGCGUGAAUCCACCACUAAGCGAUCCGAACCCGACUCCUGAGCACAGCCUGAACGUAGGUGAACAUGGCCGAUGUGUCGGAGAGGACGUUACAGGUCGCCAUUCUCGUUUCUUUUGCGGCUGGUUUUGUAGCCGGCUGGCAGGCGAACAGAAUGCGAAGAAGGUUUUUGGACUGGCGGAAGAGGCGGUUACAGGAUAAACUCGCAGAAACACAGAAGAAGCUGGACUUGUCGUGACAUACAAAAUAGUGUCUGGUAAACAAGGUCUUGGAUAACAGCACCUCUCCAACAUUCAGCGGGAUCAAGAUUUCAACCUUGGAUCAAAGACACACAAUCUACAUGCUGGAAUACAGCAAUAUAGAUUUCAAAGGCUUUAAACUGUGAACAAAAUGUUGUAUUUCUAAGACUUUUUGUGCGAUGUUUGUUCAAGCCAUAAAUCACAUUUUUACCAUGUCUGUGCUUUCUCCCUGUCUGUGGCUGUUGAAAUAAAUGGAAAUAUUUUAUUAA